AUGGGGCACGUUCACACCAAAACUGUGAAGAAGCCACCCCGGGUCAUCAUAGAAAAGUACUACAUGCGCCUAGGUAACAAUUUCCACACAAAUAAGUGUGUGUGUGAGGAGAUGGCCAUUAUCCCCAGCAAGAAGCUCCGCAAUAACAUAGCAGGCUGUGUCAAGCACCUGAUGAAGCGGAUGCAGAGGGGCUCAAUGAGAGGUAUUUCCAUUAAGCUGCAGGAGAAGGAGAGAGAAAGGAGAGACAAUUAUGUUCCCAAGGUCUCAGCCCUGGAUCAGGAGAUCAUUGAAGUAGAUCCUGACACUGAGGAAAUGCUGAAGCUUUUGGACUUUAGCAGUCUGUCCCACCUGCAGAUCACUCAGCCUACAGUUGGGAUGAAUUUCAAAAUGCCUCCAGGGGCUGUUUGA